CAUGAGUCAAGAAGGACCUUCAAGAAGAAACAAAGUUACCAAAAAAGGACAUAUGCUAAACCUGGAACAUUAUCAUCCUUGGUACAACAAAGAUGAUCAUUUUUGACAACACAAGAAACUCUUCAGGCUGUGCGGUCAGAGAAAAAGCACUUGCUAAAGUUAAUUGAGAAAGAACAACCAAUUGCAAAACAACAACAAGUUACACCACAAGCUAAAACAAAUGAACAAUGUGUUGAGGAGCAACCAACUAUGGAGGAGCAACCAAUUAUAGAGGAGGAGGUGCAAAUAGAUUCUACAAGUACUCUUCCAAUAAACGAACAAUCCGAAGAACAAGCUUCAGACCUGUCCACUCAAAAAAAUACGAGAGGUAUAACACAAAUGCAAAGUGUACAUGGGAGAAAUGAUCGUAAGCUGGUCCUACUGAACAACAACAAUCAGCCUGUUGGUCCAACCAAAGAUGUUGUUGUAGAGUUAAGUAGCUUCCUUGGCACAUUGGCAAGGAAUGUGACUAUUUGCCCUCUAGACAUAUUAGAUUGGAGGUAUAUGGACACAAAAGAUGAUUUAUGGACAUAUACACAGGUUUGA